AUGUAUUCUCCUAAUUUCAAAGCAGACUCGCCAAUUAUGUCUCCCAUGGCGUUCCAUGUCAAGGACCCCGCUAAUAAAAAUAAUAUACAAAACUUACUUCUUUCCCCAACAAAGUUAUCGCUAGACAAUACAAAAGGCUCAUCUAUCUACAGGACGUCACUAUCAAAAUUGAAUGAAUCAACACGUACUGGCCGCUCGAGGCAAAGAAGAGGCUCAGAUAUAAUGAGGUCUGGUUCACCAAUUCAAUUUCCAUCAAUAGGAAGUGCAGCUCCAAAAAUGCUUAAACCAGAAUAUUUGAAUACUCAAAAUUCAGCAAUUCCUUUGCUCUCAACUAUAAUGAAACAAUCAUCAAAAACAAUGGACACACAGAAAACUGAUCAAGAUAAUACCCAAAAUAAUCAAAAUAGUCAAAGGGAAAAUGUUGAAACUAGAAAAUUAAAUACGUCAAUUUUUGCUCAAUUACAAGAAUCAUUCAUUAACUUUAAUAGACAAAAAGAAAAGGUCGAAAACAUCCCAGUUACCACUUCAAAAGAAACCCAUACAGAGAAAGAAAUACUAACCAUUUCAAAGAUAUCGAAAGAAGAAAAACAUAAACCUCAAAGUACUAUGAAAAACAAUGCAUUAAGAAAAAUAUCACAUACAGAAAGUACUUUAAGUGGCUCUACCAUGCACGAACAAGAUGGCAUUAGCGAAAUAGAGUCAUUGGAAGCAAAUAAUUGUAAUGUUGAAAAAUUACCAGCGGUUCAUCCAGCUAAAAUAGUACAAAAAAGAAUUGUGAGCGAGCAUGCUACUAUUCAAGAAUCAGAACUACAUGAAGUUCCAAAAGAUAUAAAUGUAGACGCAUUACCAACGGAUAGAAAUGGUUUUGUUCAAUUAAAUAACCAUAAAAAUAACAGAUACAGUUUUAUUUCAUCAGCUUCAACUGACUUCGAACUUGAUUGGUAUAAUCAAUUACAACAGCAAUCCAAUUUACAAUUAUCACAACCUUCCCAACGUUUUCCUUCGCAGUCAGAAAGCGAUGAUUCUGCACGCAAUGAAUUUAGAAUUAAAAAGUUAGAGAUCGAAAUUAAUGAAUUGAAAUUACAAAAUGAAAAAUUGAUCCAAACAUUUAUAUCAGAAAACGAAAAAAUGAGGCAACUUAGCACAUCUCAAAUUCAGUCCAUUCCAGCAACUUCCAGAGUUAAAUAUUCUGAGAAAGAUACUAGACACAUGAGAAAUAAGGUGAAAAGGUUAGAGAGAAAGUUGGCUAAUUAUAAAAAAGCAAUGAACAAACUAGUUGACAACAAUUUUCCAUCCGCACACAUGAAAUAUAUAUCAACAGACCAAGAUGAGGUCAGUUCUGUCAAAACUAGAAUAUCCCGUAUCUCAGAUAAGGAUUUGAAACAAAUAGAGGAAGCUAAAUCAUCAUCCGAUCAAUCGACAUCUGAAUUAAACGACGAAGAAGAUGAUUUUUCUGACAGUAUUGGAAGCUUAACUGAUAUCAAGGAAUUAGUGGACAUGACAUACACUUCAGAGAGGGAUUUCUUAACUGAAGAAAUCACAGAGGAGAUUCAACGAUUCUCUACACCGCAACUACCAUCUAAGAGAAAUUCAAUCAUUGGAAAUAAAAAGAAAGUAGGGUUCCAACUGAAUCUACAAAUAGAAAAGAAAUAA